AUGGGGACGACUGUGACCAACAUAACCGAGUCCAAGUCCCCUAAGCAAUCGCCCCCAACACGGCAAGGUUCCAUCGCCAGUGCCAAAAUCGACUCCCUCACCAAGCCGGACAUUGCGUCUAAUGCUCCGGCGACCAAGCCGCUUGCACCGCCGCCUCGACCAGGACAAUCCCAACAAGGAACCAAUACCCCGGAAUACUUCGCGCCUCAGGUUACUGGAGGCUCUCUCAGCCUGGAGCCCAAUCCGUUUGAGCAGUCGUUUGGGGGUGGAGGCCCAGAAACGCCUGGAGGAACCAAACUACCCAGUGUUGCUGCACUGACGUCUCCGUCUUCUCUGCUGCCCGGCAGCAACGCGACUCCCUUUAACUGGGGCGGAGGCUCCUUGCGGACCGGCCCGCUCAGCCCAGCAAUGCUCUCAGGCCCUACCGACUACUUCGGCGACACGCAUCACCUCCGUGGCGGCUUUCCUACGCCAAACGAGUCCUCCCUGCGCACUGGACUGACACCGGGCGGGAGCGGGUCCAUGUUCCCGGCCCCGAGUCCCAACUCAGCCCUUUUUGCACAGCUGGCCAGCGGCGGCGCCACUCCCAGCACCAUCGACUUUCACCGAACAGCUCUGAGCGCCGCUGCAAAGCGUGACCAAGUCAACGGCUUGUCCCGAGUCCAACCAGCGGCACCACAACCGCAGCCAGUCACAUCCCAACCUCAAGACAUGACCUCCGUCCCCGUUAUUCCCAAGGUCGAAGCUAAGCCCGCAUCCGGGCCCUUUGAUCCUCACGACAACGACGCUGCCAACGGCCUCUAUAUGCUCGCUCAGGGGAGGAACGGAGCCCAACCUACACCCCAAUUCACUGUGACAUCUGCACCUACAGCGCACGCCCACCCGGCCCCAGUGAUCCCCCCGAGCAUGAAUACAUCACCCCCGAUGGCUUCCGUCAAAGUAGACCCGCGACGAGGCGCCAGUGAGAUGAGCAAUGGGUCGGACGAAAGCGACCAGAAGCCCCAGACACGAGCCAAGGGGAAGAAGAACUCAUCUGCUACUAACGGCAGGAGGAAAGCCGAUGAGGCGCCUGCCAAAGCGCCGCCCACAAAGAAAUCCAAGGCGAACAGCGGCGCGCCGAGCAGCAACGGCGAAGAUGAAGAUCAUUCCGACGAAGACAUGGAUGCCAAGUUUGAUGACGCUGGGACUGGAAAGUCCAAGAUGACGGACGAGGAGAAGCGUAAAAACUUUCUGGAGCGCAAUCGUGUUGCUGCUCUCAAAUGCCGCCAGCGAAAGAAGCAAUGGCUUGCAAACUUACAGACUAAAGUCGAGAUGUUUAGCAGUGAGAAUGACGCCUUAACUCAACAAAUUACGCAGCUACGUGAGGAAGUUGUCAAUCUCAAGACUCUUUUGCUUGCCCACAAAGACUGCCCUGUUACUCAGCAGCAAGGUCUUCAUGGGGCCUUCAUGUCACAAGUUGUUGAGCCUUUCAACCCUCAGAUGAACCCUUACGGCAUGGCGGCCCCAAUGCCCGGCCAGCAAGUCAUGGCUGGCCAAGGUGUUCAGCGCCGUUUUUCUUAGGUUGAUGAAACCACUAAGUGGCCACGCUAAUCGUCCAAUUGGGGAAGUGGGCUUCUUCUGCUUCUGCUUCUUCUUCUUUUUGACAUUCAUCUUUUCUGAAAGAAGAAUGAAAAGAUGAUCUUGCUUAGCCUCACCAUAGCGCAUGGUAUCAUGCAUGCGGUCCACAGCGGAACGGAACGCAUACAGUACACAUUUCCCUUGUAUAAUUAAAAGGGGUCAAAGGCGAACGAAUCGGUGGAGGUGGAAUUCAUGUUUCGGCUGUACUGGACAGCAUUUUGAGGACGUGUGUCCUUUUAUAUCUUCUUUUUUUCCAGCCCUUUCCACACCAACUUGUGGUUGUAGGCGGUGCCUUGACCAUUUCCGGGUAUAUGCCACCCCCGGAUCUUCACUUCACAUUUCUCUCUUCCCCGGUAUUACUUUACAAUGUACGUAAAUAGUGGCAAGGCAAGGUAUACACACAUGAAAAGGUGUUGGGCUUGGAAGGAAUCAAGCAGUGUUUGAAGGCGUUUUUGGGUGAUAAGGUACUCUCUAAGGGGAUGAUAGUACUUGGUGUUUUAGGGUUUGAAUUUGAGGUACUCUGUAGCUAGAAAAAAAACGGAAGCUAUACGAUUACUUGGUAGUGUUAUAGGGAUGUCUCGACUGGGUCAAUGCAUGGAUGUUUGUGUCGCCUCAAUACAUGCUUGCCGUGAUUGAUGUUGCAAUUUGCUAUUAGCUAUUAGACUAGGUGGCAGCUAUUAAGUGAGAAUGAUGAUGUCUCGUUC